AUGGUCAUCCCAGCUGUAGCUGUAUUGCGUCCCCCACAGGCCAGACCUCACACUGACCUGUAGCUACAGCGAUAGCCGUCACACACACACACACACACAACAAUCAUGGCGGAGAAUGAAACCCUGGAGUGUAUAACGGAGCACGAACGGAUUUUACAGGAAAUUGAGAGCACCGACACGGCUUGUGUCGGUCCCACUCUUCGGUCCAUUUACGAUGACCAGCCCAACGCCCACAAGCGCUUCAUGGAAAAGCUGGAUGCCCGGAUAAGGAACCAUGACCGCGAGAUAGAGAAGAUGUGCAAUUUCCACCACCAGGGCUUCGUGGAUGCCAUCACAGAGCUCCUCAAAGUCCGUGCUGAUGCAGAGAAAUUGAUGGGUCAAGUGACAGACACUAAUCGAAGACUACAAGAAGCUGGAAGGGAGGUGACAGCUCAGACAGAAGAGGUGAUCCGCUGUCGGAUCCAGCAGAGGAACAUGGCCACCACUGUGGAGAAGCUCCAGCUCUGUAUACCAGUGCUAGAAAUGUACAGCAAGCUAAAGGAGCAGCUGGAAUCCAAAAGAUACUAUGCUGCGUUGAAAACCAUGGAGCAGCUAGAGAAGGUCUACAUCCCUCGGGUCAGUCAGUACAGGUUUUGUCAGAUCAUGGCUGAAAACCUGCCCAGACUGAGAGAGGAGAUCAAGGAGAUCUCCAUGUCAGACCUCAAGGACUUCCUGGAGAGCAUCAGAAAACACUCUGACAAGGUUGGAGAGACUGCCAUGAGACAGGCACAGCAGCAUAGGACCUUUAACAGCGCUGUUGCCAAGCAGGCCAGCAUGGGCCACUACACCAAGCCUGUGUACUCCCUCAAUGGACGAACACACACUCACACUCACAAUGGCCUGAUGAUGGAUGAUGACACAGGAGAUGAGGAGGAUGCAGAUGAAGAGGUUCUUACAGCUCAGGACCUGGUGGACUUUUCACCUGUCUACAGGUGUUUGCACAUUUACACUGUGCUGGGCGACCGAGAAACAUUUGAGAACUACUACAGGAAACAGAGGAAGAAACAGGCCCGGCUAGUACUGCAACCACAGGCUAACAUGCAUGAGACAGUGGAAGGCUACAGAAGAUACUUCAAUCAGAUUGUGGGGUUCUUUGUUGUGGAGGACCACAUCCUCCACGCCACACAGGGGCUGGUGACCAGAGCGUUCACUGAUGAACUUUGGAACAUGGCCCUAUCUAAGAUCAUUGCUGUGCUCCGCACACACUCGUCAUACUGUGAUGACCCAGACCUAGUCCUGGAGCUGAAGAACCUCAUAGUCAUCUUUGCUGACACGCUACAGGGUUAUGGUUUCCCAGUGAAUCGGUUGUUUGACCUGCUAUUUGAGGUCAGAGACCAGUACAAUGAAACUCUGCUGAAGAAGUGGGCACUGGUUUUCAGGGAGAUCUUUGAGUUGGACAACUACAGUCCAAUCCCAGUGGAGACAGAGGAGGAGUAUAAAGUGGUGGUCAGCCGCUUUCCCUUCCACGAUGCUGAGAUAGAAAAGCAGCAGGACUUCCCGAAGAAGCUGCCAAUGUCCCAGUCAGUCCCGCAGAUCUACACGCAGGUCAAAGAGUUCAUUUAUGCCAGCCUCAAGUUCUCAGAGUCACUUCACCGCAGUUCAACAGAGAUUGAUGACAUGUUGCGAAAAUCAACCAACUUGCUGCUGACAAGAACACUCAGCAGCUGUCUGCAAAACCUCAUCAAGAAACCCCACAUAGGACUCACUGAACUGGUGCAGAUCAUCAUUAACACCACCCACCUGGAGCAGGCCUGCAGGUAUCUGGAGGAGUUUAUAACAAACAUCACCAAUGUCUCCCCCGAAACAGUACACACCACAAGACUCUAUGGCUUGUCCACAUUCAAGGAUGCUCGUCACGCUGCAGAGGGAGAGAUUUAUACCAAACUCAACCAGAAGAUCGAUGAGUUCAUCCAGCUAGCAGACUAUGAAUGGGGCAUGGCUGAGUCUGACGGCCGUGCCUCUGGAUACCUUAUGGACCUGAUCAACUUCCUACGUUCCACUUUCCAGGUCUUCACACACCUCCCGAAUAACAACAAUGACCAUGCGUCGAUGUCGGGUAAAGUGGCCCAGACAGCUUGUAUGUCAGCCUGCAAGCAUUUGUCCACGUCACUGAUGCAGAUGCUUCUGGACACAGAACUCAAGCAGAUCAGUAUGGGAGCCAUUCAGCAGUUCAACUUAGAUGUCAUUCAGUGUGAAUUGUUUGCCAGUUCAGAGCCAGUCCCUGGUUUUCAAGGAGACACGCUUCAGCUGGCCUUCAUUGACCUGCGACAGCUCCUGGACCUGUUCAUGGUGUGGGACUGGUCCACUUACCUGGCAGACUAUGGCCAGCCAACUUCCAAAUACCUGAGAGUCAACCCAGCCACUGCUCUGGCUCUACUGGAAAAAGUCUACAGGGGGAUGAAGGACACCAGUAAGAAGAACAACAUCUUCUCUCAGUUCAGGAAGAAUGACAGAGACAAACAGAAGCUGAUAGAGACUGUGGUCAAACAGCUGAGGAGCCUGGUCAACGGCAUGUCCUCCUAAACACACACACACACACACACACACACACACACACACACAAAGAGAUAGAAAGAAUGAAACAUGCAUGCAGUCACAUGCACACACUGAACUGCCAAGACACUCACAGAGGUGAGAUUUUCAAACAUGUAAUAAAGACACACACAUACAAACAACAAGACAGUGACACACAGAAGAACCAAACAGGGAGUUUACACACAUACACACACACACACACACACAGAUGAAGAGCUUAUAUAUACACACUUCACAUAAAGGCACAGCAAUACACAUACUGUACAAGGCAUGCAGGGAACGGGCUCCUAUCAAACGCAACACACACUCACACACACAUACACAGAUAUGAAGUCAUAUCCUCUUCAUAAUGUUUUACCUGACUGAAUACUCAAUGUAAAUAACACACACACACACAUACAUACUAAACGGUUUACUGGACUCUGCACCUGAGUGAACAGUAAAAUGUAAUGUAUUUUUAAUGGUUAUGAUAAGACAAACUAUGUUUUGUAUAUUUGUGAGAGUGUAUUGAUUGUAGCUGCAGAGGCAGACUGGUACAGCAGAGGAAGGGACACUUGCAAGUACUGGGACAAUGAGGUCAACAAGCAUUCACUGUUGAACAAGAAACAUAUUAUAUAUUCACCAUGACAACAAAAUGAAAUGUUUGAAUGUAUGUUCUUUUUGUUCAUCUACAGAGAACAAGUUGUUGGUAAUCUGCUGAAUUAAGUUAUUCAUUUAAAAAACAACCUUUUCUCUUUGUGUCACAUUGAACGUCUUUUAGAUGUUUUAAUAAAACUAUGAUUGUUUAAAGGCAGAAUUAGGAAGCUGUAGCUCAAUAAUGAUCCGUCCAUCCAACAACUCCACUUAGACCAGCUGUGCAUCUGUUUGACAUGGGUCUCAUGUUAAAAACAAAUACUUUUACACACAAAAGCCCGGUUAGUUACUCUGAAACCUUGGCUGACUUAUUUUAGCUUUAUUAGUGAUGCAAGAAAGAAACUCUCUUUAUCCAGGAAAGAUGGAGCUGGUUUCCGUACCACUACUGUAGGAACCAGGUCCCUCAUUUAAAUAACACUAAAGUAGACAGAUUACUGUAACCCAGUUUCUUAAGAGCAUGUUGGCUUUGGAUCUAGGGUUCUAAUGAAGCUCCAGGUUGAGUCAUUUCAGGUUUGUAUCAAUGUAUUCAGUGCAGCCACUGCCAUCAAAGGAUUCAGUGACAGAGGCAAGAUAAAGUAAAUAGCUGCCAAGACUUAAAGUCAAGUUUAACUUUGACACACAUUUGCACCGUUGAUCAAUUGUAAAUCAUCCAUACAGAGGAUGGAUGAUAUGGAGAGAUGGAUGUAGCUGUAGAGUCCAGUAUGGACUGUUGCACCAUCCAGUCUGAAAAUUGAACCGCUCCUGACACUGGUCUCAGCCAUAGAGGUUAUAAACACAUUCUCAUGUGUUAACUGAUUUAACUUUUUUUUACAGACAGUGUUCACAUAUGUGGCUGUUUCUUUUAUAGUUAUAUGAAUUUAGAGUAUGAUGCUAACAUUUAAAUUUUUUGUUUCCUGGUAACAUUCUAACACUCCUCUCUGCAGAAACCUACAGAGACAUUUACACAUAUUUUCAGGAGAGUAUAAUUCCAGCCUAUGUAGUCACUUUGUCAUCACAUCAAUAUCAUCUACAUCACUGAACUUUCUAGUGUGAUCAAGCUUUUAAUCUGGUUUCUCCUGGUUUUAGUCUGAUCCUGGUAACCACCAUAACAAGUUUCUGUAGAAUAAUCUCGUCAUCAUCAACUCAAAGUCAUAUUGAGCUGGUUUCCAUUUGGUUUCCACCUGCCUACUUUCCACAGAAUUAUUAGUAUUGACAUGUAGCUAUAGAUGGUUCUGAUAAAGUUCAACUCAUUGUCCCAAUACUUCAACUAUUAUUACUGUGUGUGCGUGUGUGCAGAAACAAAGUACCGCUGCGGUCAUGGAUGGAUGGAGGAACAGAUGAGUGGAUGAUGACGUCUUGAAAGACUGAUGUUCAUGAAAAAAGUGACAUUUUGUUGAACUUGGUGGUUUUGCUUGCUGUUUGUCUUCUUUUCUGCCUCAUUGUACAUUGAAACCUCCCCCCUCAGACAGAGCCUCACAGCGACUGAACCUGGAGGAGUUCAGUGUUUGCUUGAACACAACACAUGGCUGUCACAGCCAGUAAACAUGAAGAAACUGGUUUACAAAGCGGCCUCAGUCUUUGAUACCCAGAUUGUUGUAAGAAUAUUCAUGUUCACUGCACGUGUCAAAAUGAAUGUGAAAAUCAAAGAAUUAUUUCAAUGAUUUGGUCCAUCUGGUGUGCAUACACUGGUGGGAUUGCAUAAACACAACACUUUACUAAAUGAUACAGUCUGUUACAACAACACACACACUGCAGGUUGUUGCACUGGAUUGUAUUAGAUUGUACUAGUGGACACAUCUGGGUUUGUUCAGCUAAGGUUGCAAAGAGCUAAUGAGGGUUUUUGGGUUGGAGUGUCAGUGACCACUGCAUGAAGCAAUCCUAAUGGAGGGUUUGCAUGUGAUGUCACCAUGAGAAAUUCACCACGGUCACAGGAAACAAAUUCCUGGUAUUAACAUGCAGUCCUAUCUGGAUAUAUUUAGUGUAAAUGCUAGCUGAAAUGAUAGCAAUCAGGAAGUGAUUGGAUCAGCCAGAGGUGAAAUCUUUAAGAAAAACAAGAGACCAUCUUGUGGUCAGAGUACUCAGUAUUACAUGACACUGAGUCAGUACCCGCGGGUUGGACCACAUUUAUCUUAAUCUCAACUGCGCACCUGUAAAGUUUUGUGACUGCAUCUUGCACAGAUGUUGCAGACAGACAUAUGAACCCGCCGAAGUCCUCUGUUAAAGAUUAUUAUAGGCAACUGGACUAGCUGGUUUCUGGAGGCAUUUCGCCUCUCGGCUUCUUUUUGGAUAAAUGGCUAAAUGUCCUCAAGACAUUUUACUAUGCCCUGAAUGACUGAGAGUCUUCACAGACUGGCAAAGAACUGAAGAUCCCGUUACAGUAGGUAUCUCCAUGAGCACAUUUAACCAGGAUGACACACACACACACACACACAUGGGCUGAGGCAGAGCGGGUUGUCCACAGAUGAUCGGCGGUUCGAUCCCCGGCUCCUCCGGUCUGCAUGUCCUUGGGCAAGAUAUUGUACCCCAAAUUG